UUAUUAUCUGAAAAUGAGUUAUUAAAAAAAAAAUUAAAAGAAAGAUUUAAUAGUCAGCAGGAUCGUAUCGAAGCUAUAAUUGAUAUUGCCAAAAAAGAGCGAAAUAAUUUAUAUGAAGAUAUAACUAAUUUGAUGGAAGAUCAUAAUCGUUUUCAUUUAGAUAGUCUUUUAAAUUAUUCUCCUUCUU